ACAUUUCUUACAUAAUGAGUAACUGAGGCAUAUAAAAGAGGGUGUCUCAGGAGUGAGACUAUCAACUUUCUACAACUACUACUACUACUACUACUACUGCUACUACUGCAAAUACUACUACUGCUACUACAAAACUACUGUGUGUCAGCGAGGAAAUUAUAUUAAAGAUGAGGUCUGUCAUCACACUGCUGGUGCUGCUGCUCCCCAUGUGUGGAUCUCUGACUCUGGGCACCCAGACUGAUCUUCACACAGAGAGCCAGAGCACUGGGGCUGCUGCUGCUGCUGCUGCAGUCUCUACCCAGGUGGACAUGUAUGCUGAGCUCAGAGAACUCAGAGACAUGGUGGACAAGCAAGGAAUCACGUUAGUCGAGCAGAGAAUGACUCUGAGCUUCACUCAGGAUGAGUUAAAAAACACCAACGAUCUGCUGAACAAAAUAGUGGGUGAAAAUGAUGCUGUGAAACAAAGACUGGUGGCCAGUGAGACUAAAGUGGAGGCUCUGGAAAGAGUGAAUUUAGCACAAGAGGCAGAGCUGACAGCUGUGAAGACCAGACUGGCUGCAAGUGAAACUGAAGUGGUGAAUCUGAAGAAGGAAGCUGCAGCACAGACAGCUGAUCUGAGGUCAGUUACUGAGAGACUGGUAGCUACUGAGACUGACAUGGAGUACGUGAAGAAAGACACUGCAGCUCAAGAGGCAGAGCUGACAGUAGUGAAGACCAGACUGGCAGCCACUGAGACUGAAGUAGUGAAUCUGGAGAAAGAGAUUACAGAGAAACCCAAGGUGGCAUUCUCAGCAGGUCUGACUAACUCAGGAUACAUAGAGUCUGGGAACACUGAGCUGAACUUGGUCUUCACUAAAACCAUCACCAAUGUUGGACAGGCCUACAGCAACAUGACCGGCUUAUUCACAGCACCAGUAAAAGGAGUCUACUACUUCAGAUUCACAGUCAUCGAUAGACUUUCCUCACGCUCAAUGUUUAUCAAGAUGAUUAAGAAUGGAGAGCAGGUCAUGCAGUUGUAUGAUUAUGAUACUGAUGGGCAGGUCUCCUAUCUCUCCAGUGGUGUGACUCUGCAGCUGGAGGUGGGAGAUGUAGUUAACAUGAGAAUCCCUGCAGGCUACAGGCUCUAUGAUCAUUCUGAUAACUACAGCACCUUCAGUGGCUUCCUGCUCUUUACUCUUUGAAGGGAACACAUUGCUCAACUGCUCAUGUUGUCAAAUGAUAAAUAAUAUGCUUCAUGAUCAUGUUCAAAUAAAGCAAAUUUAAAAUGUAA